CGUGUUGGCUGAAGUUGUGUUGGGGAGAAAACUGUGCGUUGUGAAACUUGUUUACUGGCAAGAGAAAAUCCUCACAUUAGUAGAAAUGCAAGUAUUUGUAUCUAAUGGAAGAAGCAGAAAGGGUGACGAGACCUCCAUGAGGAAUUACGCAGAGUUCUCAGUUGCGAAUGGAGAUCCUUACCACACAGAGUGUCAUAAAAGGCUAUUUCAACCUAAAUGCCACGUGUGCAAGAAUUAUAUCCCCGCGAAUAUGUAUGGACUGAUUGAAUAUCGAUCACAUCCUUUCUGGAGCGACAAGUAUUGCCCCUCACACGAGAACGAUGGUACUCCAAGAUGCUGCGGCUGUGAGAGGCUUGAGGCUCGGGAUGCUCAGUUCGCUGACCUUGAUGAUGGCAGAAAACUCUGCCUGGAGUGCUGUGGCACAGUUAUUGUCGACACUAAUGAUGCUCAGCCCUUGAUCACUGAGGUGCUGAAUUUCUAUCGCACCAUGAAGAUGCCAAUCAGACAGAAUAUUCCCAUUCUGCUUGUAGAAAGGCAGGCUUUGAAUGCAGCCCAGCAAGGAGAGAAAGAUGGCCGUCAUCAUCACCCUGAGACUAGGGGCCUCUGUUUGUCAGAAGAACAGACAAUCCGCACGGUUGUUCGAAGACCACAUAGUGUCGCAGCUGCAGCUCUGGGAAUGAUGGGCACUGCAUACCAAACUGUUAGGCGCCAUUGUGAAGUGACUGCGAUUUUGGUUUUAUAUGGCCUACCAAGGUUUAAUCUUUGAGCUCAGGACCUUAUGACCCUGUUAUCCAGAACUGUUGUGGUGUGUCAUGGUUCAAAGGCUGAGGGCUGUUCUUUUUGCACCAGUUUUUUGUUGUGUUCAAUUAUACUGCUUCACACGAAAGCAGCUUUGCUCGCGGGGGAAUUCCACACUUGUCCUGUGUACAUGUAGUUCCAUGACAUGCAGGUAAGUAGAACAAGUGGGUGUGAGAAGGUAAUUCACUCAGGGCAUACUCACACGGGGACCUCAUGACCUGAAAUCCCAAAAU